CAUCUACUAGGGCGGGUCUUUACUGUGUCGCUGCUACAGGGAUACCAAGAUGGAAAUCCAGGGGCUUUCUGAUGCCCAAAACAUUCACUCUCAACAUGGCGCCCUACAUAGAACUACUCUGUCUCCACUGCGAUCAGCGACAGGGUCGAUAUCUCGUGUUAUUUCCACGGAAAACGAAGCCGACGGACCACUUGAGUCGCCUGAGCUACAAAGUGACAACAACAACAACACCAGGCCGAGGACAUCUUCGUUUCACCUACUGGCGGAAAAUGGCAGCGGUGCGGCUUGUUCGCGUUUCAGCAAACCACAGUCGAGCGACAAAAACAGUUUGCCAGCAAAUAGACCGAGUGCACUUCAGAAGUUAACGUUAAACUCGGAGAAGGAAAAUGAGCUCAACACAGUGCUUGGCUCGCAUGAAUUUGUUAGGACUGCUUGGAAAUACGGGGUAGAAAGCGGGGAUACUGUAAUGCAAAUGGCGCUGCCCCUUUUUGAAGGGGAAGAGGAACUGGUAGCGCAGCGGCACUUAACGUUACCGUUUCCAGUUUUACGGCAGCAGCGUGAGGACGGCGCCUUCAAGCAGCCUUCGCUUGCCAGCCACAGUGCUGCUACGCCGGAGAGCUUCAACACAGUCAACAGGGCAGACAAAACCACCAAGGAAUUGUAUGUUGUUUUUAAUGUCGUUCAAGAGGAUGGCAAUGGUGAGGCAGGCAAACGUCGGCCGGAUGUAUCAUUUGAGGACGGCGAUAAAAUGAAAGGUAAAAAGCCAGAAUUCUCUAAAGCAAGUCCCGGUGGCUCCAUGGAGGUUGGAAACAGCAGUGACGUUAUUCUCUGUGAAUCUAAUGACAACUUGAACUGUCUUGAUACUCAGGUCUUGAAAAAAACAGAGAAUGUUUUUAAUUUACUGAACGGCAAUUCUACCGUGGCUAAUGCUAAACAGACCGUCUACCACCACACUGUCGAAGACGUUGUUUUGACAAACAAAUAUGGCGAUAAGAUUUGCGGCCAGAUUUGUACCGAAAACAAUGAAAGUAAACUGGUUAGGGAUCUUCCGUCGCACUCUCGUAUCGACGAAGGCAGUGCGCUGAUUACCGGGAACUCGGCCAUGGACACCUCGGACUUCAUUUCAGACUCAACGGGUCUGCAGGAGAGUGCAAACCCGGUCACGGCCUCCACAAGUCCGCCUGCUAGUGAAACCUUUUCCGGAACUAUCACAAUAAACAACCAAAGUAUAAUAGUGACCAUAGAAAACGGGAUACUGACUCUCGCUGCCCCACCAGAAGGAUAUGUACACAAAGAGGAUGACAUGGUCAGCCUAAAGGAGCACCUUGGAAUGAAGGAUCAUGAGGAUAUUGUUCUUCUCAACUAUGACAGUGGUACGAAAUCCAUUGGGAAGAUCAGCACACUGACAGUAUCCAGCUCCAGUCAGCAGGAUGAGCCCAAGCCCGGUUUGUCUGUGAGUGACUCUGAGCUUGCUAUGGUGGAUGACUGCUCAUUAUCAGAGCUAGGCACUUCUCUGGACUCCUGUCCCAUCAUUAAGCAAGAGGCAGGGGUGCUGUGCGCUGCAACAGACGCUGAUCUGGUCACCCCACACCCAAAAGCCACUGUGGUAGACUGUGAUCAUGGGGACUUUCCUUCUGUACCACUAAUCAGAUCCAAGAAAGAGACUGUGGCCUCUUUUGGCUGCCCAGAAUCUGGGUGCUCUAGUAUAUUUGACACACGCCAGAAACUGAAGGUUCACCUCCUGAACCACGCUGAAGACCCACGCCCAUACCAGUGCACCGUGGAGGGAUGCGGAUGGGCUUUUGCCACCUCUUACAAGCUGAAGCGACAUCUUCAGUCCCAUGAUAAACAGCGACCACAUACAUGUCAGUUUGAAGGAUGUGGUCGCCGUUUCACCACAGUCUACAACCUUAAGGCUCAUGUAAAGGUCCAUGAGCAGGAUAAUGCCUUCAUCUGCGAGAUCUGCAGUGAGAGGUUUCGCAGUGCUACACGACUUACCAAUCACCAGAGAAUCCACUUUGAGCCACAGAGGCCCCACAAGUGUGAAUUCCCAGGCUGUGAGAAAACGUUCAUCACCUUCAGUGCCCUUUUCUCCCACAAUCGCACUCACUUCAGAGAAACAGGCCACUUCACCUGCACCUACCCGGGCUGUGACAAGACGUAUGACAAGGCCUGUCGUCUCAAAAUCCAUAUGAGAAGUCACACUGGUGAGAGGCCAUUUGUCUGUGACUCAGAGGGCUGUGGCUGGACCUUCACCAGCAUGUCUAAAUUGCUCCGACAUAAACGGAAACAUGACGACGACCGUCGCUUUGUCUGUACAGAGGAGGGUUGUGGGAAAUCCUUCACUCGGGCAGAGCACCUCAAGGGUCACAGUAUCACCCAUCUGGGCACCAAGCCUUUCCAGUGCCAUGCAGAAGGCUGUAAUGCCAAGUUCUCAGCACGCAGCAGCCUGUACAUCCACUCCAAGAAACAUAAGCAGGAUGCCAGCACCCUGAGGACCCGCUGUCCUGUGGCUAACUGCUCCAAGCACUUCUCCUCCCGCAGCAGCCUUAAGAGCCACAUGCUCAAACACCACCACCUCAGUCCCGAUGUGCUUAGCCAGAUGGAGACCACACCCACACUGACCCCCAGCAGCGAGCUCAUUAGCUCACCCCCAACAGCAGUCGCAGGGCCUGGUAUUGCCGGGGGCGACCAGCUGACCAACUUGGACCUUAGCUCUCUUUUCUCUGCUGUGCCUGGAGGUACUGUGCCCACAACAGGCAUUGGAGUGGGAAUCCCCGUCAGUGGGAGCAGCUCUAAUGGCACUUUUACGAUGGACCUCUCCCUGGUCAGUUCAGGCAUCCUCACCAUCGACCCCUCCACGGUGGGCACCACUCUUGGUACUGGCACUAGCACUGCGCUGGCCAAAGCUGUGGACCCUCUCAUCCUGGCAGCCAGCACCGACAUGGGCCCCCACCACAGUCUGGAAGGAACAGUUGGUGAUGUCCUGCCCCCACAGGGCACUCUCAACCUUAAUGAUGUGCAGACAGUUACCCCAGAGGCCCUGGGAACCCUCACAGCUCUCACCAUGCAGGGUGCUGGGGUCUCUGUGGACCCCACUCUGCAGCACCCUCUCAGCUCCUCCAGUGCCCUGAGCGUGGAGCCCACAGCCUCCCUGGCGGUCCCGCCUGUUGCUGAGCUGCUGGCGUCACCUUCAAAGGUGGUGGAGGUGGGGGGCCAGGCAGGUGCGGGGCCUCUGCUGGGCUGUGUGGAGGUGCUGGGGCCUCAAGAAGGAGGAAAAGUCCUCACCCAGUUUGUUUUUCCCAGUCACAGCAGCAGCUUCAGCCCACAGAAAGACCAGGAACUCAACGCUGUGUCACCAAGUAGCUUCCUGGAGAGUGGAGGCUCAGCCAGGACUGAUUACAGAGCCAUCCAGCUGGCCAAGAAGAAGAAGCAAAGAGGUCCCUCGAACUCCUCUGGGAGUUCAGGAUCAAGUCAGAGAAAAACUAAAGGAGCAAAGGCAGCCACAGUCACAGCACCCAUGGGCCCUUCCGGUGCUCGUUAUGGUGAAGGAGCUGCAGCAGCCAAUGGGGGCUUGACUCUACGUGAUCCCGUAACCGGAGCCCAGUAUGUCCAGAUUCAGUUGCUGCAGGAUGACCCAGCCAGCGAUGGUGACCUGGCCUUCCAGCUGAGCUCUCAGCCCUCCAGCUCCCACUCUCAGCUCACUGCUGAUCUGCCAGUCAACAUUUUACAGGAACCUUCAGUGAUGACAGAGGAUGACAACGGCUCUGACAACUCCCAGUUCACAGGAAGCACAAUCAACCUUCAGGACUUGGAGUGAGCACCUCAGAGCUGCAGGUCACAUGUCUGCCGCUGUGAUCGACCUCCCUUGCACCUCGUCACAGUUUACACCAACAAACACACCAUGAGAUGUUGGACUCAAUCAUAUGGCUGCCUCAUUUUUCCCCCAGGAUUUUGAGAGUAUUUUUGGACAUGUGGUUAUAUUUUGGGGAGUAAGUGGACAUGGAUAAUGUAGAGUCCAGAGAUAAUGCACCUUGACAAGAGGAGAUGAGGAUUUUGUUUUCAGAAGGUUAUCAUGUGUUUAUUUUUAAAGUCCAGAUUGUACCAAAAUCAACCCCAAGAGCCAUCUGAUGUUGAAGAGACAUGUGAGAGGCUCUGUUCCUCUGUGUCCUGUGGGUUUUGACAGUAACUAUGUGUAUUUCAUGGUGCCACAUUGCCACUCAUGCACACACAGUGUGCUGUCUACGCUCCAGUUGCCUUACCGACACCUCGUGCUGUGCAUUCCUCCACCGGCCGGUUAUCUGCUUUAUUUGUUUCUAUUUUGAUUUAUUACAUUUUGUUAGAUUUAUUUUUCUAUGGCAGCAGUACGUCCAUGUUGAAAACAUGCCUGUUCAUGUGUUUAUAUACAGCAUAUAAUGAGUUAGUACCUUGUAAUAAUUUUAUCUGUUUGUUAUUUAUUAUUUAGCUGUGGGUUUACAGAAUGGCAGAGCCAAGCACAGAGAUGAAUUAAAGAAACAAAGCACAAUCAGAAGUGUUUGUGGGGAGGCCUUCUUUUAGAUUUUUUUAAUUAUCUGAGAAAUGCAUUGUUUUCAUUUUGACCAGGUCAUGUGUAAGAACUAAGAUUUAUGAAGGGUAAAUGUAUGAUGUUUGACAGUAUGGAAAACAGUUCGCUCAAACCUUGUUCAUUUUCAGAGCUCAUAAAGACGAUCUGAGAAUAUUUCAGCUCAAUCCAACAUGAACAGUUCUGAAAAGAUUUACAAUUCCACCGUUGCAGUUGAAGGUAUCGGUACCAAAGGUUACACAAACAGACGUUGCUGCCACUGUGACGGUCCAUUUGCUCAGUUUCCAAUAGUUCAAAACCUUAUAGUUUUACAAGAACGUCUUCACGUUAUAUUCCAGGUGUGUCUUGUGACAGAUUUGAACAAGGUAUGGUUGUUUUGUGAAGUAACAAGAAAGUUUUGAGCUGUAAUGAGAUAAAGUGACACUUUAUAACAA